GCCGAAGAAGAUUCUCCCGCAAAACAUGGCAUCCGAAGCAGAGCGGAACACGAUCUCGAACGGAGGCCGCGAUGAACAUGCCCUGGCCAACGAAAAUGACGCCCUGAUCACCUCCACCGAUCCCCACCACCCCGCGAAUCACAUCUGCUCUCUUUGCGUUCAAUUCUAUGGCCACGGCUGGGUGACGGGCACGGGAGGCGGCAUAUCCAUCAAGCAUGGCGAUCGCGUAUACCUUGCGCCGUCCGGCGUGCAGAAAGAGCUCAUGAAGCCUCAGGACAUCUUCGUCAUGGAUUGGGCAACGAAGCAAUACCUUCGUCGGCCACAGGUUCUCAAGCCUUCAGCAUGCACUCCCCUCUUCAUGUCCGCCUACACCAAUCGUGGCGCUGGCGCCUGUAUACACACCCACUCUCAAUGGGCUGUGCUGGUAACACUAAUUUGCGAGGCUGGACUACAAGACCCUGACAACAGAAAUGUUUUUGCGAUGAAAGAGAUUGAACAGAUCAAAGGCAUCUCUCGGGGAGGCACUGGAUCGCAGGAGAUCGCAGAAGGUGGCAGGAAGCUGGGCAAUCUCGGCUACUUUGACACAAUGAAGAUUCCGAUCAUUGAGAACACAGCGCAUGAAGAAGACUUGGAAGAGAGCAUGUCUCAAGCGAUGAAGCAAUGGCCCGAGACGUGCGCUAUCCUGGUGAAGAGACAUGGUGUAUAUGUCUGGGGCAAGGAUGUCGCGCAGGCGAAGACACAAUGCGAGAGCUUGGAUUACCUAUUCCAGCUCGCUGUGGAAAUGCACAAGCUCGGGCUGAAAUGGGUGUAGCGUGCGGAAGUGAGUCAAUGUGAGUUAGAGAUGAUACCCGAACGAUGCUGCUGAUGGACGGCGCAAUAGAGCGUUUGAUUGUAAUGGUAGAGUCCACUUCUCUCGCACUCUCCUUCCAGCGAAAGGUAUGCAAUGACGUUGAGUGUUGCCCUGGCAUGACAGAAG